CAUUGGGCCCUUUUUUUUUUUUUUGUUAAUAGAAGCAAAUAGUAAUGGGUUUCCCGUUUCUAUUUCCUUUUGAUUUUUAAUUUAGUAUAUCAAAUUUGUUUAGUCCUCUUUAUUUGUAAAGAUUACAACUUUGUGAUAUUAAGGGUGUGUUUGAUACCAGGGAAAAUGUUUUCUUGGAAAUAUUUGGUUCUAUUGGCGAAUAUUGUUAUAUAAUAUGACACAAAAGGGAAAAAAGCAAUGUUUCCGUCGAACUUCACCUCCUGAUAUACUUCGCGACCUUCCUGGGAAUGUAAUAGAUGAGAUUCUUAUGUGUUUGCCUUUUCGGGAUGCUGUGAGGACAAGCAUCUUAUCGAAAAAAUGGAGACAUAUAUGGUGUAGCCUUCCACAGCUGACGCUUUGUUACACACUUUGGAAACCCGAGGAGGAUUUAACUGACUUUCCAAGUAACUUUGUAAGGAUUGUCAACCACUUUUUAAUCUUUCAUGUAGGACCAGUUACAAAAUUUACCCUCUGCGUUCCUUAUUUGGAUAUAUGUCCUAAUAUUGACAACUUGAUACGUCACAUCUCUAGAAAUGGUAUUCAACAUCUUGUUCUUAGACUUCCGAUCAGGGGUAAGCCAUACAUAUUGCCUUCUUCAUUAUUCACAUGUUCCCAGUUAAGGCAUCUGACUCUCCAGAAUUGUUCAAUACUUUAUCAACGAGACUUCAAAGGAUUUGAUAGGCUAACUAGCCUAGAACUGCGUGAUGUUACAAUUGAAUCCAAGUUUAUUGAACUUUUAAUCUCUCGUUGCUCGUUGCUCGAGCAGUUGGUGCUGCAAAUCUCAGGUGCUUUAAGCAACGUCAUUGAAAUUAGUGCUCCCAUGCUGAGAUCCUUUGACUACACAGGCAAUAUAAGAUCCAUAUGCGUAAAGAAUAUCCCUGUUCUGGCAAAGCUUUCACUUUCGCAUAGGGAAUAUUAUGUGGCAGCAGGAAAAUGCAAUAUUGCCAAGUUUUUUGAGUCUUUCUCUGCUCUCGAGCAACUCCACUUGAAUGACAUGUUCUUUGCUGCAGGAGCAGGUGAAGUACCAAUGAGGCUUUCCUAUGAUCUUUAUUGUGUCAAACAUCUUUGCAUAUCUAGUAUAUAUCUGUCUGAUUCGAAUGAGGUUUCAUGUGCUCUUUGCUUGAUAAGAAGCUUCCCGAAUUUACAAUCUAUGGAAAUUAAGGUGGAGUGUGAUGACAAUGAUACACCAGCUCUAGAAUCUCUUGAAGUGGAACCCUUCUCCGAUGUGACAUUUAAUCACCUCAGGGAAGUUAAGCUAAUGCAAACUAACGGCACAAUCCCCGAGAUGCAGCUUAUGAAGCUUCUGUUGGCCAAGUCUCCCAAGCUGGUCAGAAUGCUAAUCGAACCAUGUCUAGUUGAAGAUUCUGCAACAGUCAAAGUACUGGCUGAGCUAACAAAAUUUCAGCGGGCAUCACCCAAGGCAGAAGUUGUAUAUAAGUUGGAUAAGCAUCCAAAUCCCCCUUCUGUUUGAUUUUCACAGUCUUCCAUCAGACCAUGAUGCAUUGCAGAAAUGUUUUGGAAGUUGAUGUGAAAUGACAGAACCGAAUGUUGAUGCAGUAUCAUAACACUGAGUUUUUGCCUAAUGUGCAAAUAUUGUUUCUUCUUCAACUUUGUUAUUACAGUGCUUAGUGCUUUUUUACUUUACAUGCCUGUGCCUGAAAUGAGACUUGCAACAAGAAUUACUAAUGUGGUUGUUCGUUUCAUACUUCAAAGUUAGGUUGUUGGUUGCAGUGUUAAUCUUCUUGGUCAUAUUGGCAUGCUUCAAGCCUUUUCUCAAGUAUUUUGUCUGUAAAGUAGAGACAUAGUUUUGAUACUAAAGUAGCACUGCUAUGCGACUUUUGUUUUAGUUAUUCACUUCAAUAUGUGUUAAUGAUAAAGUCAUCUUAUAUAAGA